UGCGGAGCUGCAGAAGUCGCUGCCUGGCCAGCCCACCAUCGGUGAUAUUGUCCAAAAAAGAGUGUCGGAAAGAGAACCUGAAGUAUAAGAUGGUGGCGCUGCGCUGUGCGGCCGGAGUGCUGCAGGCAACAAAGGAAGACCGGUUCCAGGAGCUGGCAGAUAUCGUCUUUCCUAUGAUAAAGAAGAACUCUCUUGAGAGCAUGGGCACGGGUUUACCAAAGCAUGAUGAAGAGGACGAAGACAUGAGGGAGAAAGAGGCGCAGAUGGAGUCCCUGCUCUGUGCCUUCGAGACCCUGGGCAAAGCCUGGCCGAGGAGCCCGGAGACACAGCGUUGCUAUCGCCAAGAGUUUUGCAAGUUAAUGUCUGACCGCCUGAAACUCAGCACAUGGAAAGUGCAGCUUGGAGUGCUACAAGCUAUGAAUGCCUACUUUCAAGGGCUAAUGCUGUUUGAUGAGGAGCACUCAGACCCUGUGGCUUUGACAGAAAUACUGCUGGAAACCUGUUCAUCUGUCACCCAUUCUUUAGAAAACAAAAGCUACACGUCCAUAAGAACAGAAGCUUUGUCUGUGAUACAGCUGUUGCUCACCAAAUUGCAAGAAACUCAGCAGUGGGAAAGCCUGACAACAGAAAGCAGAGAGCACCUCAUUCGUUCCUUGGCUACGAUGGCAUCAGAUAGCAGACCUGAGCUACAAGAGAAGGCAUUUCUAUUGAAGAAAACACUUGAAAAUCUUGACUAA